AUGAAAUAGCUUCUCUUGCUCUCUUUACUUGUUUUUGCAGCAUUGGCUGAUUACGAAUACGAUGGUGAUGUAAUGGUACUAACAGAAGAAACAUUUGAUCAAGCAUUUAAUGAAUUUGAUUAUUUGAUGUUUGAAUUCUAUGCUCCUUGGUGUGGACAUUGCAAAGAACUUGCACCUAAAUAUGCUGAAGCAGCUACUGCUCUUAGAUCUGAAGGAAUAGUAUUGGCAAAAAUAGAUGCAACAGUCUAAAAGAAAUUAGCAGAGAAAUAUGAUGUCAAAGGAUAUCCAACUAUUAAAUUUAGUGCUAAAUAAACUGUAAAAGAUUUUGAAGGUGGUAGAACUGCUGAUGGAAUUAAGAAUUGGAUUUAUAGUAAUCUUAAUCCUGAAAGUGAAUUACUUGAAACACUUGAAUAAGUAAAUGAGGCCAUUGCUUAAAAUAAUGUUUAAUUUAUUUAUUUUGCAGAAGAAUAAAGUGAAAAGGAUAGAGAAUUGAGAAAAUACAAAGAAUUCUCAUUCACAAUGAAAUAACAUUUUGCUCACACAACUACUAAAUCGAUAAGAGAAGCUUUGAAUAUUCCAAAAGGAACAUAUUUUGUUGGAUUUAGAAAUCAAUAACCAUAUUAUUAUUAAGGAAAAUUAUCAUUCCCAAUAAUGAGAAUAUUUGUUGAGAAUGUUGCCAAUGAAAGAAUUCAAGAAUAUUCUGAGAAAAAGUACUUAUUAGAUGAAAGAAUAACUAAAAAUAAACCUUUUGUUAUUGUUUUCUCUGAUGAAGCAGAAGCUUAAGCUGCUGCUCAUACUUGGUCUUUCUAAGAUGAAUUACUUUUUAUAAAGAAUGUUGAUGAAGAAUUUACUAGAAAGAUUUAAAUUAGAUCUUAGGAUUAAAAAGGAGUUUUUAUUAUUAAAGGAGAUUAAAAAUAUAAUAGAGUUUAAGGCUAAAGUGUUAGUGAAUUUUUAGAAGCAUUUUAAUCUGGAAAAGCUCAUAAAUAUUUGAAAUCAUAGGCUGUUCCAUAAUAAUAAGGAUUAGUCAAAAUUUUGAUUGGUGAUACUUAUGAUAAUGCAAGAGCUGUUAAUGAUUCAAUAAUCUUAUAUUUUGAUUCUUAAAACUAAGAACAGUAAUUAUUUAAUUUAAUUAUUUAGCAAUGCAGUAUAAGAAUAAUUUUUGAAAGUGGCUGAAAGACUACAAUAAAAUAAACAAUUGACAUUUAAUAAAAUUGAUUUAUCAUAAAAUGAAGUCAGUGAUUUGGCUGAAUCUAUAGAAAUAGUAAAGAUAAGAUUAUAUAAAAAUAACUAAUCAACAAAGUUUGUAAUUAGAGCAAAUAAGAUCUAAGAAGAAAGGUUUGUUAAAUGGAUUGUAGAUAAUGCAGCUAGUUAAGUAGUAGAUCCAAAAGCUGAAUUAUGAUUGU